GCAGUGAAUAGCUCAAAGUCAAGUCUUCUUCUGAAAGCAAUAGCCCAAGAGAAAAUCCUCAAAAUCAAUAAUGCCAUUUCCAUUUUGAGUUGUUAACCAAAAAUUUCCAGCAAAAUCUCAGUGUCUGCUGGAAAUCGAGCAGACCCUUCUCCUCCUUCUCCUCUGGAUAAUCUCCAUGCUCUGUUCCUGUAAAAAUGUCUUCCCCGAACAGAAGACUGCUACGUCCCAAUCCCCCAAGUCCGCCCGAUCACCCCACAACGACAGUGGUCUUUUGCAUUAAUUGCUUUGACGAGCGCCCGCCAAAAAAACCGAUCCCCGAUAGCGGGGAGGUCGUGGGGAUCGUGAUCGGGGCUUCUCUGUUUUGCGCUCUUCUGUUCUUGAUAAUUGCAAGGUACUUCCGGAAGAGGAACCUUAGCAAUAAUCAUUCAAGAACAAGAAGCCCGAGUGACAACCCGCCGAUCUUGUUCCACACCCAGGAGGAUUUUCUCGACGAGGAGCAGGGGCCCCAGUUAGACCACCCCAUAUGGCACAUCCGCACGGUUGGCCUCGACCGGUCGGUUGUCGAGUCGAUUGCGGUGUUCAAGUACAAAGCAGGGGAAGGGCUGAUUGAGGGAACUGAGUGCUCGGUCUGCCUCGGUGAAUUCAGGGACGACGAGAGCCUCCGGCUUCUUCCCAAGUGCAGCCACGGGUUCCACGUCCCGUGCAUCGAUACCUGGCUCCAGUCGCACACGAAUUGCCCCUUGUGCCGUGCCCCGAUUGUAAGAGCCGGUGGCACGGAUCAGGCAAGCCUUGAAGUGCCGAGCGCAGUUAGUUCAAGUUCUAACGGACCGAUCGAAGAAGAGAAUUUGCACAAUCACGGAAUCAGCGUGACAAGUAGUAAUCUCAGCAUAAGUCGGGUAGGAGAUGUUGGGGCCGGUGAAAACACGAUCGAGUGUGGCUCACCACGAAUAGAGGACGGAGGAAAAAUUAUGGCUUUGCCUGAUCCGGGGAAGUGUGGACUCCGAAUAGUGAGCGACUUGGGAGAUCAGCAUCGGUUCGUGGGAGAGAUAAACCAACAGGUGAGGAGAUCGUUCUCGUUGGAUUCUCCUACUGCCGCGGAGAUCUACGGUGCUGUGUCGGUUGCAAUGUGCGAUCGGAGUCGGGGCAGCUCAAGGAGGCAAGCACUGAAGGUGAAGAACUCAAGCCUUAACACCAAGAAGAGUAGAAUUGGUGCAAGUGGAAGGUCUAGCUUCUACCGAAUGGUGAAAAGUUGCUCGUUUGGGCCUUCCCUGCCCAAGGAGCUCAUCUCCAUGAAGAGGUCAUUCUCAUCGAAUGGAAAUGCUCGGGUGCUCGGGCAGUGAUCAUCGUCCGGUAUUGUCGUUCAAGUAAGAGAUCUGAAUUACUGAAACCGUAGAUCUGAUCUAUGAAUGCCCGGGUGGAUAUCAAAGCCAUUAUUAGGUGCUUGCUCGUUCUGUCUAAAUAAGUAUGAGAUGGGUUAAGGAUUUAAUCUUUGGGCUUCCCUUGCGACUAGUGAAAUAUCAGCAUAUAUAUCAACAUAUUAUGACUAUAUAUUUGUAUCGUCAAGCGGUCAUUUCUCGCUAGCGUUGAUUCUGAGCAUCGUCAUCGUUUAGCUCUUGGGAGAUGUAUGUUAAGUUUCUGCAUCUCGCAGUUCAUAGCGAGUCCCCCGAUUUGCUUCAUCCGAGUAUAUGAUACUAGAACUGUCUGGUGCUGUA